ACUCGGAUACAGUCGGACGUCACAUUUAGGCGACAGCAGGGUGAAGGCUGCCGCCGGACGAAGCACUCACACUUUAUUGAACAAGAAGACAAAAUGUCUACCGCCAUGAACUUCGGGUCGAAGAGUUUCAAACCUCGGGCUCCCGACAAGGGCUCGUUCCCUCUGGACCAUUUCGGAGAGUGUAAAGCCUUCAAGGAGCAGUUUAUGAAGUGCCUGAGAGACAACAGCUUCGACAACUCCAUGUGCCGACUGCAGUCUAAGGAAUACCUGGAAUGUCGUAUGGACCAUCAGCUGAUGACCAAAGAGCCUCUGGAGAAACUGGGCUUCAAGGACCUGAUGGAUCCUCCUCCCAGCCAAGCAAACAGAGACACUAAACCCUGACCCGCUGAUGCCACCACAGCGGCUGUUUCAGAAAUGCAAGGGUGGUGUUUUGCUGUGAACUCAACGCAUCGAGCCGUUUACCAUUGAUAAGGUGACAACACGAGAAGGAAUGGCUUCAAAGACUUUAAGACUGAGAGAAGAGGACAUUGUGGUUUGCAUUGUGGUCUUAGUUUGAGGUUACAGGGCUCCAAAAUAAUUGUAUCAGUCAGUGUAUAUAAGAUAAAAUGUAUAAUAUAUAAAGAUGCUAUUUUGGCAUGUCAAUAAAUAUUUUGUAUUUAAACUAA